CCGCGGCGGCCUCCCCGGUUGUGCGGAGCGGUGCCGAGAGCGCGGCCCCGCGGCUGGCAGGACGGGGGCGAGGGGCUGUGCCCGGCCCCGUGGGGCUGGCCCCUGCCGGGUCUGAAACACGUCCUUUCCUUCCCCCGUAAAGGAAAGUUCAUUUUCAAGUGCGGCGGUAGUCAGCAGGAAGCAGCUUUAGGGGAAAAAAACCAAAAAAAAAAAAACCAAAAAAAAAAACCACCAAAAAAACCCCACCAAACCUAUUUUUUUUUUUCUUUUCAGAAUUAAUUUAUAGUUUUAGAGCUUGUGUGUUUAUGAAGCUCUUGCCUGCUGGCAGUGCUCUUGGGAUUCCAGCCCACCUAAGAAUCUGCGUGGAGCUCAAGCAUUGCCAUUCUGCUGCUGGCACUUUGUUCUCGUGUUUGUUUUUUUCCUUUCUGGGUCAUUAGCUCGAUGAAAGACGGCCAAAAUUGAAACCCACACUCCUCGUUAGGUUUUGCUUAGUGACCUGUGCUAACUUUGUAUGUUUUGGUUCAUUUUUGCUUAUUUGUUUUUACGUGCUUUCUUGCUUUAAGAAAGUUCUUACUCAGCAGGAUGAAGGUGUUUCCAUGCUCUGAAAAAGUCAUUUUGUAAAAACAAACACACACCUUUUCUUGUGUCUUCUUGCAUUGCUCUUAUUCCCCUUUUAAAAAACGUCACCCUUUUCUGUACUCCAUGUUUUCAUGUGUUAAGUACAGUAUUGCUUCGAAGUCAAAAGUUUGUUUUAAAAAGUGUCUCUGUAAAAGGUGUGUCUGUAACCUGGGCCAUUUCUGAAGUUCAUUUUGCAUACAAAUGAUUUUUAAAGAAGUAUGGAUGGCUUCUGAACAGGAUGUGCUGAGGCACUGGACAGGAAACACAAGAUUUCACAUUUGCCAGGCUGUGGGAUGGAAUGGCCCCGUUGUGAUUUCGUGGAUUUGAUUUUCUGGUGCAGUGCUGAGGAAGGGGUUGCAGACCCAGCAGGCCAUGGCCCUGGAGAGGGUGAAGCAGAAGGACUGGUACAAGGUCCUGGGGGCCAAACCCUCGGACAGCCUGGCAGAACUGAAACAGAAAUACCAAAAACUUGCUUUGGUGUAUCACCCUGACAAACAGGAGGCAGACGUGGCGGCGGCCGAGGCGGAGGAGCGCGUGCAGCGGUUCAUGGAGAUCCAUCAGGCGUGGAAAAUUCUGGGCAACGAGGAGACAAAAAAAGAGUAUGACCUGCAGCAGCGUGAAGAUAACCUGACAAAAGAAUGGCCACUUCAUGAACAGAUUUAUCUUGAGGACAUGUCCUGGAAUGAAGAUGAACAACUCUACACUCUGUCCUGUCGAUGUGGUGGGAAUUACAGUGUCUCCAAGAGUGAAACCGAAGAUGUAUCUUUAGUUUGUUGUGACACAUGUUCACUCGUUAUCGAGAUCCUGCAAUGAUUGUUUCAGUGAAGCACAUUGAGUGUGACAAACGUUUCAAAAGGCUGGACAAACAAGUGACAGCACCUGCUAAAGAAAUGUAUGUUAAAGAAGAAGGGGGCACUACAAGAACAAGUUCAUUCAGGGUUAAAAAGGACACGUGCCCCAUGAGGCUGGGCUUCUCCUUCUGCAGCUGAAGAGCUCAUUACUCCACACCUCCAGCCCAGAACAGGAGUUUGUACAACUGGAAUGGAUCUCCUGAUCUAAAGGUUUCUUUCCCAGCAAACAACAGAGUAGCUUCUUCCGAUUUCAGUCUGAAGCAGCUCUUGGGCCCUUCUUCUGAGGUUAAAUCCUUUUAACAGCUCAGAUGACAAAAUUCAAUCAGGAGGCACAGAUGUGAGAACACUUUGAAGAUAAUGAAGAGCAAGGUUCAGCAGUGGGAAACAGGAACGUUUUCUAUUUGUAAGCUAAAUGUUUAAGUUCAUGAAAUCCUCUCAAGGGCUGGAGCCUAGAAGGAGGAGGCAAAGGCUGGCAGCUGGAAGCCGUGGCUGUCCCUGCCCUGUGACAGUGCCAUCACCUGGGCAGCCUGGAGCAGGAGCACGUGUUGAGCUGAGGCUCUCUGUGUCAGGACAAACAGAGUCAUCAUUCCUGAGAGGAAAGCUAAGGAGGAAGCUGGGCUCUGACCCCACUGGGCAGUCAGAGGAAACCCCACAGCACUCCUGGGAGUGACCAGC